AUGGAAACCGCACCCGGGGCUACAUCAAAGGCCAAGGCUGAGACAGCAGAGGCCGCAAGCGAGGUUACUGCAAAGACGGCGGAGCAGCGCGCUCAGAGGAAGCUAGAGAAGCGUCAGCGCAAAGAAGAGAGGAGACUGAAGAAGGAGCGCAAGGCACAAGCUGAGCAGCAGCAGCAGCUUACCGAAGCAAAGAAAACUGCAUCGCAAGCUCAGCAAUCUGACGCUACUCCCGUGGCCACCCCAGUCAAGAAUGGACGCUUUGGUCCACGCGGUCCGUAUAAGAAACGUGAGAAAACAGCUGACGGCACACCGGUAUCUGCAAUCAAGCGCAAGAGGGAGAGCGAAGUGCAGACUGGCAGUAGCAAGGACGUCGACGGCGGCACGUCAUUGCUUGACCCGAAUUUCCUGUCAUCGCUCAAGGAAAAGAUGGGAGAUAUGGGGUCUGCGUUUAAGGAAACAGAAAAGGAAGGCGAGGAGCCUGCGAAGAAGAAGAGGGGACGUCCGGUGGGUUGGCGCAAGAAUGCUGCUGACUCAGAGUCUGUCGAGACUGAGACUCCGAAAGGUGGUGGUAAGAGUGCUGUUGUUGCACCAACACCGGCGUCUACCACUAAGAGCACUGUUUCCUCAACACCAGCAUCUACCAAAGUCACUGGCUCAAUUCUCGACAAGUCGUUCAAGAGGACGCCUGUACCAGUUCCAGUUCCAUCGAAUGCGUCGAGUGUGUCUGCUUGCGCAAAGACACCGGUUCCGGUGCCGCGGAAGUACAAUCCCAACGCCAGUGAAUGCAUGAGUGAGCUGCGGCCUGUCAAGACGGCAAAAGUUGAUCAAGAUGACGUUGUCGUCGCCGAAACACCUCCCUCACGCAUGAGCAAAACACCAGUCACAACACCUCGUCGGCCCGCCAUCCCAUUCCCUCACCUCAGGCGCUUAUUCUCCGAAAGUGAGUCAUCUAUGCACAUCAUCAGCAGCCAGGGCUCAGUCAACCCGCUUACCAGCAGUCAAGCCUCCAUGGACUCCCUCCCAAACACCCAUCUCCCGGCCUUCUCCGCUUCCACCCUCACCUACUACAAACAACAACUAAACGAAAAGCCCAAAGCGCGACCUCGGCGCCACCAACGCGCCACCUCCGAAGCCCCCAGUUCGAGCAGCGACUCCACCUCCACCACACAGAGCGUGCUCGACAUGCUGACUCGGGUCCCAAAACCCUACAGUUCCACAUCUGACAACCCCUUCUCCUCCUCCUCCUCCUCCUCCAAAAAGAAGAAGAAGAAUAACGGAGAAGAGCAGCACGUUGAAGCUGAUGGCGAAACCUUCACCAAAGCCUUCAAAGUCAUCCAGCGAACCGUGAAUUUCAGUGAUGAACAAGAGUACCUCGCCUUAUACCAGAAGAUUCUCGAGCAAAGCAAAAAAGCCCCGCUUCCAUGCUUAAAAAACGCAACAGGCUGUUCCUUGCGCAUCCACGAUCCCACCUCCUCUUCCUUACUCGCCCCUACCGCUGCACUCGAGAAGCCAGGCUCAGACCUGCACGAUGCGACCCAGCGCGCAGAAGCUGCAGAGACGUUUCUCCGCUACGCACUCAUGGCGCGUGUCCCUGUUCCACUCGGCCGCAUCACAGGCGUGUGGCGCUUGUACUGCAAGCAGUAUGCGGGACAGCAUGUAGACAAGUACAGUGCGGGCAUGCGUACGCUGACGAUUACGUCGCCGUCGUCGUACCAGGGGACCCCCGUGUUCACCGCGCGUUUGCAUAUUCCGCCGCGGCCCGUGGCGUUUGCCAUUGCGCCGUUUGCGGCACCGCCGCAUGCGGGGUUCCGCGCGACGAGGAUGAAGCUGGUGCAGGAGGGGUAUACGAUGGAAAUGGUGUUUUUCGGGAAUGGAUAUGCGAGGGUGAGGGCGGAUGUGGGGUUGUUGCUCUCUGGGAAGCAUGGGGCGGGCGCGCAGGUGCAGAGUGCGGGUGGUAAGAAUAAGGAGUAUGGUGUUUGGCACUUUCUUGCUGUUCAUGAGAGGCCGCUUUACUGGGAGCCCGAGGUCGAUGAGUUGGAGGUUGAGGGGAAGAGGCUGUUUGCUGCGUAUGAUGGUAUCGAGUAA